AUGAGCGUCGUCGCUGCCACGGCCCUCGUCUUCAAAGGCUAUAAUCGAGGUGUCCUCGGCAACGUGAGCUCCACACCAGUAUCCAUCAAGAUGACCAAAAUCAGCGCAGACGGGGUGGUCACCAAUUCCACCGAGCAGGGCUGGGUGGGUGACAGGAUCGUUCGUACGCGUGGCGUCCUCUCCGGCACUGCUUUUGGCCUCCAAAGCGGGGCCGUCGUGGCAGGCAACGUGAACAGAAACAUGUUCAUCGGGGCGCGCGUCAUCGCUGGGCUGCGUAUUGGUUUCAUCAACGCCAUUGUGCCCCCAGGGUCAGUGAGCUAUCACAGGCCCACGGCUGAUGCUCCAGCUUCUCAAUCGUCUUCAUGGCCAAAGUACCUCGGUGCCGUGAUCGCGUACUGGAUCAACUUUGGUAUGCCUUCUACCAACGACGAAAUUCGCUGGCGCUUCCGACUCGGAAACGACCUUAUCAAUAUCUUCCUCGCGGGUCGAUACUCGGAGAACCUGAAUCUUGGUCGACGUGCCGGCAUGGGCUUCCUCCUUCCCUGGAUUCAGCAGUGGACGGGUAUCCUCGCCAUUGCUGGCUGGUCGACCACUCUCUUCCAAGUCGCCGGCUUCAGCUCGUACAACUAUAUUAAGUCGCUGCUAGUCUCUUUCGUCACCUGGAUCUACGGUACAGAAAUCUGGCCGCGGAAGAUCCGCCCCAAAGUGUACAGCUUCACCAUCUUCGGCUGGCCUGCUGGCUGUUGCAUGACGCAGUUUGUCAUCCCGAUCAUCCUCAACCGUCUGGGCUGGGGGACCUUUGCCUUCUUUGGCGCCAUGAACGCUGUGGCCCUGCCCAUCGUCUACCUGUUCUAUCCUGAUAUGUCACCAGGGUGUCUCCGCUCCACGCAGCCACUGGGAAACCCGUUGACGCCGCUCCAUGCGCUACCCAAGAGCCAGUCUGAGCAACGCGCUAUGCCCGCUGAGUCGUCAGCGCAUGGCCGGCCUGCCGAGGACGCCCGGGACAUGGACCCAUUCUACCUUGAGCACCUCGUGCCUCGUUUUGGCCAUGACGCUGGCGCCAUGGCUAACUUCAAGCGGCGACAUCGGGAAGCGGAACUCGCGCACGGAAAGAAGAAGCGUCCAGAGGACAAGCAAACGCGGAAGAUCAAGCGAAAGCGAGCAGACAGCAGCCCCGAACCAAGCCAGAGUGAAGACGACGGUGACGGAGAGCAAGUCGAAGCACUCGUGAGGAAGCACGUGAGCUCAAAGCGGAGAGCUUUUCCAAGUACGGCCGCUCAAACCCAACGCAUUGUCGACCUCAUCAGAACUGACUUUCCCAUGGUCCCGGCGCAUUAUGUUGGCGAACUUGCGACAGAGCACGAUUAUUCCCUCUUCUCAGCGUACCUCGACUUGGACCACAUGGUUUCGACCUGGCACGAACAUCCUCUGAAGUCUUGGAACUUGCAAUUCGCACCGCAGGACGUUCCACGCCCAGAUCCCGACCUUCCCAUCAACGAAGCGACACUGGAAGUUUAUACUCUGCCCUUGGACGACGCUAUCGCAGCCCUUUUGAGGGGAAUCAAUGAGGCGAGGACUAUUUGUCUGUUGCGCCGACUAUAUAAGGCCAGAUCAGCAACUCCAACACAAGACACACAGCCGGCGAUCGACACGGGGAUAGAGGACGACAUGCAGCUCAAGGACGGCGAGACGUUCCAGUGUGAAUGUUGCUUUGACGAAUUUGCGAUUGCGUCGAUGGUCCAUUGCAACGGCGAGGUGGUACACUGUCAAGGCGGUUUUGACGAAAGCCAACGUCGGUUAUUCCUCGAUGAAAACCUGACCAAAGUCCUGGGUCGCAUCGAAUGGAGCGCGUCGCUGCUGGCGGCUGGUAUCGCGGACCUGGCAACCUGCCCAUUCUGCGACUAUGCCGCGGAAUAUCCGCCCGUUGACGAGGCCACCGUCUUCCAAUGCGAAGCGCCAAAUUGCCGGAAGCGGUCGUGUCGCAUUUGUAACAAGGACGAUCACCAGCCCGAACGUUGCGAGGCCGAGUAUACGAACGCCGACCUCGCGGCACGAAGGAAGAUCGAAGAGGCGAGGACGCAAGCGCUGAUCCGCAAAUGCAAUAAAUGCAGGACCCCCUUUAUCAAAGACACCGGGUGCAACAGAAUGCAUUGCACAAAAUGUGGAAACCAACAAUGCUACCUCUGCAGCGCGUCAUUGAGAGACUACUCUCACUUUGGACACGGAUCCUCUCAAUGUAUCCUGUGGGACGAGAAUGUGCAGGGUCGGCACGACGCCGCCGUUGAAGCUGCCGAAAUAAAGGCCUGUGCGAGGGUAUUGGCCGAGACCAAGGGCAGCAUUAGCGAGGAUAAGCUCAAGAUCAACAUGGCGAAAGCCGUUCAGGACGAUGAUGAAAGGAGGCGCAUCAGGACACAGAGACUUUUUGUCCACGACCCAUUCCUCAUAGGCAGCAGCGGCAACAGUAUCAACAAAAUCAAGCACCAGCACCAGCACCGGCGCCGGCCCAAAUGGACAUGGGCAACCAACCUCCGAGGCGGAAGCAGCAACAACACCUUCCGCGGCGACAGCAACAGCCGGUGCAAGAGGAGUUUUUGCGGUAUCAGCAGCUUGUUCUUGCGCAGCGGCAACUGCAACAGCAGCAAGAUCGAGACCGGCACCGACAACAACGACAGGAACUGCAACAGCAGCAAGCUCGGCCUCUUUUCAUGCCUACCCCUGCUCUCCGGCUUCAAUCAGAGCAGGAAAGAAACGAGGAACGCCGCGCAUUGGCGCAACAGCAAAGACACGGGGCUCCAGGCGCGGAGGAGCAGCCAGAUCCCCGACAGCCACAAAGACCUAACCGACAAGCGCCCCAGGCGCAAGAUGCCCGCUUCCGAAAUCAUUUGCACGGUGUGGCGCGUGCGGUUGAGGGACGCUUUAGGGGGGCACGAGGGCUCUUUGCUAGGGGCCAGCGGCAAUUGGCGAUUGGGCAACCUCAUGAAGCGAAUGUAA